CUCGCGCUGGCGGUGGCGGUGGUGGGGGUGGGGUUGGUGGCAGCGCCAUCAGCAGCAUCAGCAUCAGCGGCAGCAGCGCGAGCAGCAACAGCGAUGUACAGCGGGAGCGCGCGCGCUCUCUCUCUCUCUCACACACACACUCUCACACACACACACACACACAGCGGAGAAAGAGAGGGAGAGAGCGCGCGCUCGGAAUCCACUCCGACUGUGGCUCCUCGCGCGGCGGAGAGCGGCGCAUCAUCAGUCACCGGAUCUCCGGAAUUUCUUGGGUCUAAAUUUUUCUCUCCUAAAAAUCGAAAACUCACGUUUUGUUGCGUGAUUUCUUUUUAGACAGAAUCCGCGCGCAGAAGUGAGAGAUUUUAUUAUCUAUAUUUUUAGGAGACAGUUUUGGGACGCUUGCAGAGCCGCUCGAGCGCUUUUCACCCCUUCAGAUCACGCGCACACUUUUUUCCUUUUUGUUGUUUUCUGGGGUUUUUUCUUUUCCUCCUUCAUCCCCCUCUCCACUUCUCCGUCCUUCUCUAUUGCUGGGAUCUAUUCGCCCGUGCCGCGCGUGCCGUGAUGUCGGCGCGGAGGAGCGCGUGCUGCUGGUGCCGCUUGCACGCGACCCUGUUCCGACUGCUGUGUGUUCUUCUGCCCGCAGGCUUUCCGGCACGCAGCGUGGACGUGCAGCGCGCGACCGACAACAUCACCGUGCGCCAGGGGGACACAGCCGUCAUCAGGUGUUAUGUAGAUGACAAGGUGUCCAAAGUGGCUUGGCUGAACCGCUCGAACAUCAUCUUCGCCAGCGAAGACAAGUGGUCCCUGGACCCCCGCGUGGACCUGGUGACCAAGGGCCAGCUCGAGUACAGCCUGCGCAUUCAGAAGGUGGACGUGUACGAUGAAGGGCCCUAUACCUGCUCGAUCCAGACCAAGCAGCAGUCCAAGACUUCCCAGGUUUACCUUAUUGUACAAGUUCCCGCCUACAUUUACAGAGUGUCAGAGGACGUGAUGGUGAACGAAGGCAGUAACGUCACCCUCAGCUGUCUUGCUAACGGUCGCCCCGAUCCUUCAAUCACCUGGAGACUCCUAAACCCAUCAGCUGAGACCCUGGAUGUGGGCGAGUAUCUGGAAAUUUCCGGCAUCAUGCGCACUCAGGCCGGGCGCUACGAGUGUAAGGCGAGUAACGACGUGGCUACACCCGAUGUCAAGUACGUCAAUGUGGUCGUCAACUAUCCACCUUUUAUUAAAAUGGCUAAGAGCUCGGAGACGCCGGUGGGACGCUCGGGGGUUCUGCGGUGCGACGCGACGGCCGUGCCCAAACCGGAGUUCGAGUGGUACCGAGACGACAAGAAGCUGUCGAACAUGCAGGGGAUUAAUAUCCAAAUCACUGGCACUCGCACUGAGCUCACUGUCGCCAACGUCACGGACGACGAUUACGGAAACUACACCUGCGUCGCCACCAACCGGCUGGGCAUACACAACGCUAGUGUGUUUCUCUACAGACCUGGAACCGGAAGAGACAUCAAUGGCUCCGCCUCCGUGUGUCAGUCAGUGUGGCUCCUCCUCCUGCCUCUCCUCCUGCCCCUCCUCCUGCCUCUACUCAAGUGUUAAUGCUCAGCGCUGCACUCCUUUACCACCACCACGCUCCUUAUCCCUCUCUUCUUCAUUCCUUUUCUCACUCUAACUCCCAAACCCCCCCCUUUCUCUCUCUCUCUCUCUCUCUCUCUCUCUCUCUCUCUCUCUCUCUCUCCCUCUCUCACUCCGUCAGACUGUUUGCAUUUCCAUUCAGUAUAAAUCGUGCCUCCUUGCACACAAAAACUAGGUACACUUCCAAUUACGAAAAGUUGAACAGAACAGAACCGAAGGGGCUUGUCGUGUGCUUCAGUAUUGAAAUUUGUAUUUAAAAAAAAAAGAUAGCAGAUAAAAGAUUCCCAAACCUGAAAAAAAAAUCAGGAAGAAGUUCUUUCUUUGAAAAACUGUCAUUAUUUCCUCGUGUUUUCUCGUCGUUUUGUCACAUUCUCAAACUUCAGCCGCAGCUGUGGAACGCAAACUACAAAGAAAUCAACAAAUCGUCUAAAUGAACACACGAGUUGAAAUCAUCCGUAUUCAAAUUCCCCGUCUGGGACGUGUCGAAUGCGUGAACGAACGUCCGGCGUUAAAAAAAAAGGAAGUGAAGCUACACCUAGGUGACUUAGCAACUAGCACUUAGCAUCAUUGUCUAAGAAUGUAACGUUUUUUGAAUCUUUGCUAAAUACUAUUAUAAAAAAGCAUCCGAACUUUAGUUUGGCCUAACUAGCUAGCACACACGUACACGUGAACGCCUGUCUGUAAAGCGCUAAAAUAUGAACCGUAAGCUAACGGUGAACAAAAAAAACCUGGCAGGAAUCUUUUUGCGUACAAAAAGAAUUAUGCUAAUAAUUAAAGUUGACCUAAAUGACAGUAAAUGUAGUGGUAGUGAUACCUCACUUCCUGUUAGCAAAAACCCCAAGCUAGUAAGGGCGCUUAGCUAGCCGCUGUGGAAAUGAAGAGGAUGAAAUUGAAAUUGCUGUGUAAAAGAGCCAAGAUUAGCGGAUAGCAACGCUAGGCGUCUGAGGUAUCGUUUGAUACCAAACGUCCUAGAAUUCCCACAGGGAAGAGUUCGGAUUCAAAGGGAAUCUCUUGUUGCACUACUUGAACAACAGAAUCGGGGGGGAAAAGCAAAGGCGUGUGCAGAGAGAUGAUUAUCAUUUUCAUUAUUUGAAUUUCUUUUGUCGUGACGCGUCUUGAACGAGAUCUCACCGUCCUGAUCAUUAAAGCCUUUUAACCUUUUUUGUUUUUUUCCUCUCUUGGGGUGUGAAAACUUUCUCACACCUUUGUGUCCAUCUGUUGAAAAAUGUACCAACCUGCUAAACCUGUGUGUGACUUUUUUCUGGACUGAAAUGUACGACACCAAUGAAUGCAUUGCUUAUUAUUAUUAUUAUUAUUAUUAUUAUUAUUUGAUUCUCUAAAAUAAUUCUUCUUUCUUUUGUGAUUUUAUUUUUUCAAGAUUUCGAUUAACGUUGUAUAUAUGUACUUGAAUCCAUUGUCCUUAUAUAAAUAUAAAUAUAAAUAUAUUAUAAAAAAAAUUAAUAUUAAUAUAUAUUCCAUCCAUGUUUCUUAAAUAGGCUAGCGGAUCUAUCGAGGAUUAACUUUUAGCGUCGCAUCUCAGAAGGUGCAGCACCCUGUAAUAAUAAAAAAUAAAUUAGGAGGCUAUAAAACAAUAAAAAUAAAAAAAUAAUAAUAAUUUGGGCGGGGGGAGGGGGGGUGCGAAUGUAAACGAUUGAACUUUCGUUUUUUUUUUGGUUUUGUUAUUUUUUAUAAAAAGUUUCCGGGAAAGAAAAAAAUGCGAACAUCUUUGCGCUUGUUGCCAAAAACUAAAAAAAAAAUUACAUAAAUAAAAGAAGUUAUUGUGUAGAAUUUCUAUCUCUCUCAUUUCGCAGUGUUUUUGUUACCAAGGCAACGGUUUCUUUAAACACUUAAAUACACAAGUGUUGUGCGUCGUACUCACGACCCUGCGAAUCUGUUAUCGGAAUCUUACAAAAUUUCCCUCAACUUGAACGUUGUUCGGCUUGAAGUCCCACCCCUUUCCUCUCAAAAGUUGUGAUUGACAGCACCGUCAGCCAAUAAGGAGCUGACCUGAUUCGACACCUUUGUUUGGUAAAUGUUGAAAUGAACAUGCCUCUGUCCCAAAUGCUAGAAUUCCUGAGUAGUUUCCAAGCUCCGAGUGCAUUAUCCCAUUACCCAUAAUGCAGUACAAAUGUCAUGUCUGUUAUACAUGGUAAUGAAUUUAGCAACGUUAUUUUUAUUUAUUUUCUCGAGGUUUUUUUAAAGCACUAAUUCACGACUUUAGCUACGAAUAUUAACGUUAGAACAGUUCUAGCAUUCGGGAUCGAGCGAUAGAACUGUGUGUGUGUGUGUGUGUGUGUGUGUGUGUUUAUGAUUUAGAGUAGGCUAAGCUAAUCAUGAAGGGCUAGCGAUUCCAGUUAGGCUACGGUUUUGUCCCUCCCCCGAUAAUACUCUGAGAGUCGCUUAAUCCGGAUCAUUUCCGCGCGUUCCGUAGUAAACUUCCUCCUACUCUGAAGCGUGACCGUUCCAUGUCCCAAAGUAGCGGCGAAUGCUGACGUGCAAAAAAACAACAACAGCAGCGUGUAUAUGAUCCACUAGGUCGAGCUAGCGAGCAUCCUUUUCACAUCGCCUCGUGUCACACUGACACACACACACACACACACACACUCUCUCUGAUUUCCUGGACACUUCCUUUUAUUUUGGGUUUCUCUUCCUAUCUGUGGACUCUACUCCCUCACCUCAUGGCAUUUUGUAACUGCUUCGUUUUUGUUCGGAAAAGUUGUUGCAAUCAAUUUCUUAAAAACAUCCGACGUACUGUAAGAAGUACAGCUGAAACGUCCAGAAGCGAAAUAAACUCAUUUGAAUUUGA